AAAUAUGAACCAAAAUGGUUAAAAGAAUCCGAAGUUAAGUGGUCCCAACGGGAAUAUCAGACUAUGAAAGAAUACAAAGAGGAGGAAGAAACAGAAGAACGAAUCAUUGAAGAAGUUAUGAGUCAAAAAAUCGAAAAUAUAAGCUUUUGGGUCAUUGACACAAAAAGACAACUAUUUGAGUUCGUAAAUUUAUUGAAAGAACAACAAAAUGGAAAUUAUCAUAGUUAA